AUGUUCGCCCGAGUUUUGAGCCCAUCAUCAAUUAGAAAUGCAAGGGCAUUUUCAGUGUCAUCUUCUGCUCUUAAAGCUGCUGUCCCUAAAUUCGUGUCGCCUGCGUCUGUUCAGUUGAAAGUGGGUCUCAUUAAACAAUGUGAUCGCCAUCCCGAUGCCGAUAAGCUUUACGUAUCGCAGAUUCUGAGUGACGAGACAGACAAACCAAUCACCGUUUGUAGCGGAUUGGUGGACUUCAUACCGCAGGAUCAGUUACAGGGUUCAAGAGUUGUUUUGGUCAUGAAUCUCAAACCUGUUAACAUGAGAGGUGUCAAGUCACAAGCGAUGCUUCUCGCUGCGGAGAAAUUAGACAGCGAAGGACAAUUACAGACUGUGGAACUCGUGAAGCCUCCUCUCAGUUCGCAGGUUGGUCAGACUUUAUCGUUUAAGGGAUUUGAAGUUGAUCUCGAUGCAGAGCCGCAGAGGUUGAAUGCAAAGAACUGGACCAAGAUCCAGGCCAGGUUGUUCACAAAUGCUAAUGGUCAUGUUGUAUAUAAAGACCAAGAUGACGUGGAACACGUCCUCAUCUCACAAGACGGUAAUGAUCAGUGUGAGCCUUGCUCUGUUAAAUCGGCAUUCAACUCACAAGUGCGUUAA